GCAUAACCAUAUUGACUUAUUGACAGUGUUUACACAAUUUUGUUGUUUCUAUAUAUAUCCAACACAAUAGUUUAACUGGUCUUCAUUUACAAAUUGAACCCUUUUGAUUUUCAUCCAUCAUCUGCUGCCAUCCAUAAACAGAAAUGCCUUACCAUCGAUUUUUGUGUGUUCUAUCUUGGCUUUUGCUACCAUGUUUUGUAUUCCCUGCUGCUGCAGGGAUUAUUAAGAAUGGCAAUACUGCUGUCCAAUGUUUAGAAAAGGAGAGGAGAGCCUUGCUCCAAUUUAAACGCGGUAUUCAAGUUGAUCGUUGUGGGUUGCUGUCUUCUUGGGGAGACCAUGAAGAACUCCACCAAGAUUGCUGUCAGUGGAAAGGUGUUCGCUGCAGCAACCAGACAGGCCAUGUCGUAGAGCUCAAUCUUCGUGGGGUGCAUACAAAUUCCCUUAAUGAUCGUUGUCUGAAAGGUACGGUUGGUGCUUCCUUACUUGACCUUAAGUAUCUGAGGUACUUGGACCUUAGUUUCAAUAACUUUGUCCGCCAAUCCAUACCCGGCUUUAUUGGUUCCCUUACCAAUUUAAAGCAUCUUAAUCUCUCCAAUGCUAAUUUUAAGGGAGAGGUUCCUCGUCAGCUUGGGAAUCUCUCCGGAUUAAGAUCUCUUGAUCUUAAUUGUCGUUCUGAACUGAGUCCUCAUGAUCGACCUUAUGUGAAAAGCUUGUCGUGGCUUUCUCAUUUAACAUUGUUGAAUGAUAUCAAUUUGAGUGGUAUCGAUCUUAGUAAUGUCACUGAUUGGUUCCAUAUUGUUAACAACCUUCCUUAUCUAAGUGUCCUUAGAAUGAGUGAGUGUCAGCUUUCUGUAACAUAUCCUCCCUCACUUUCAUAUGCUAAUUCCUCUACCACACUUAGCGUUAUCAGCCUUUCUAGCAAUGAUUUUGGUGGUGCUAAUAUAUUCACGUGGUUGUUUAGUUUGAGUGAAAUUAAUACAACCUUGGUACACCUUGACCUCUCUUAUUGCUUAAUUUUGGCUGAUAUUCCAGCUAAUUUUGGUGGAAUGAGCUCUCUUUCAUAUCUUGAUUUGAGAUUAAAUAUGCUAACAGGUCAAAUUCCAAGCUCAAUUUGGGAUAUGCCUAAUCUUUCAUAUCUCUCGUUAAGUUGGAAUGCACUUGAUGGCUCUAUUUCAUUACCUGAUAAAAUUUCAAGUCAUAACCUCACUCAUCUUGAUCUCUCUGGGAAUUAUUUUCAAGUCAGUCCUACUCUUUUGAAAUCUCUUGGUCACUUAUGCAGCAUACGAGAACUUGCCUUAAGUAGCCAAACCCUCCCCUUUGAGUUCUCUGCCAUCAUGCAAUCCUUAUCUGUAUGUGCACUCCACACACUCGAGUCUUUAGAUUUGAGUAACAACAUGGUUUGGGGUUCCAUUCCUGAUACGAUCAGUUCAUUCUCUUCGCUAAGGGAGUUACUUCUGUAUGGUAAUCAACUUAAUGGCACCAUUAGUCCAGCUAUUGGAAGAUUGUCUAAGCUUGAGCAGUUAGAUCUUUCUUCGAAUACCUUGUCAGACACUCUUUCUCAACACCACUUAUCGAAUCUGUCAAGAUUACGUACAUUGUAUCUGUCAGAAAAUGCUGAACUUGUGGUGAAUGUCAGUGAUAACUGGAUCCCUCCAUUUCAACUCGACUCCCUAACCCUGGGUUCCUGCAAGUUGGGACCUCAUUUCCCAAAGUGGCUUCAGACUCAAACCAAAUUCUCCUGGCUUGACAUAUCUAAUGCUGGGAUUUCAGGCACUAUUCCUGCUUCCUUUUGGGAGUCAUUGCCAUCCGAUCUACAACUGUUGGAUAUGUCUCGCAAUAGCCUUUAUGGGACACUUCCAGAAGUAUCAAUUACCUUUGAUUUCCUCCCUCGAAUAAACUUGAGUACAAACCACUUCAGUGGUGCAGUACCAUCCUUUCUGGUAAAUGCUUCGAUGUUGUACCUAGACAACAAUAUGUUUUCUAAGCUGAUACCUUUCUUGUGUCCAAAAGCCAAAACUAAUAUAACCUUUUUAGACCUUUCAAACAACAUGAUUUCAGAGAAGCUUCCAGAUUGUUGGACAUAUUUUGACCAAUUAACAUCUCUUUACUUGGAUAACAAUAGUCUAUCAGGAAACUUGCCUGCAUCCAUUGGUGAACUGAAAAACCUGCAGGCGUUGCACUUGCGCAACAAUAAGCUUUCUGGAGAAAUAUCUAUGCCUUUAGAGAAUUGUUCAUCUUUGGUUAUUCUGGAUUUAGCUGUAAAUUCAUUGAGAGGAUACAUACCCCGUGGGAUUGGGAAUAGUUUAAGAAAUCUCGGUGUUCUGAUCCUAAGAAGCAAUAAAUUUGUUGGGGGUCUACCUUCUAGUCUUUGUAAACUUUCUCAUCUCCAAAUCUUGGAUCUUUCUAGUAAUCGUAUUUCUGGAACCAUUCCAACAUGCAUACACAACCUUACAGCAAUGAGCAACACAACAGAUCUCUUGCCAGUUAUUGGUAAGGCGGGCAUAUAUGGUUCAUCGGAUUCUGCAAAGCUUAUGUGGAAAAGAGCAGAACAAAGCUUUAGCAACUCUCUGGGUCUUGUCAAAUCCAUAGAUAUUUCGAGCAAUAAGCUGGAAGGCCAAAUCCCCUCUGGAAUUUCACUUCUAACAGGUCUGUUUUCUUUAGACUUCUCAAGAAACAAUUUGAGUGGAAUUAUUCCUCCUAAAAUCGGAGAGUUAACAUCUUUAGAGAUGCUUGAUUUAUCAAACAACCGACUGUCUGGCAAAAUACCUGCAAGCCUUGCCGAAGUAAGUUCUUUGGCAAUCUUGGAUUUGUCAAACAAUAAACUAGGCGGAAGAAUUCCAAUUGGUACUCAGUUACAAUCGUUUAAUGCUUCAGCAUACAUGGGGAACCCCGGACUUUGUGGUGAUCCACUCCCCAAAUGCCCUGGCGAUGUUCCACCUAAUAGUGCAAUGGAUGAAGAUACCACUCAACACAAGGAGAGCAGUGAUAUUUUUCCUGGACUGUACAUCAGUGUGGUGCUUGGCUUUAUCGUAGGGUUUUGGGGAGUUUGUGGGAGUUUGGUGAUCAAGACAUCGUGGAGGCAUGCCUAUUUCCGGUUCUUUGAUAACAUGAAAGAUAGGCUCUAUGUAGUUGUUGCUCUGAUCAAAAUCAAAGUUUUGAGGAACUUUAGAAGUUAAUUGCUUAUACGGUGUGUGUAUAUUGCACAAAUGACCCAGUACAUGAGUAAAGCAGAUAUUGGCCUUAGCAACCUGGACUCUUGCCUAAAUCUGCAAAUCAGCAGUGUAAUAUUUGAUAAAGAGUAGUUAAUUUUAGUUUUACUAGCUUCUUAGAAGUAUAUUACUGCAAGGAUAAUACUUUAUCAAAAUUACACAGGUUUUUCUUCUUCAUAAAGGAGGCACACGGAGUAGUGAUGUAGAUGGUAUUCGAUAUCAAAUUUUUGGUGCCAUUGUAAUACUUUAAUAUUUAAGUUAUCGAUCAAUCGUACUUGCACUUGCAUACUA